AUGGAUAGUGCCAAUCUCUUAGCCCAUUCUCUUUCUCCUGAUCGCACCCUUCGCGAAGAAGCUACUCAGCAAUUAGAACGUUUCGCGCAAGAGAACUAUGCGUCCUAUGCAAAUGUAUUGAUUCAGCAGCUUACAAACACCGAUGGAGAUCCUGCUAUUCGCAUGGCUGCAGGUCUAGCGAUCAAAAACAGUUUAUCUGCAAAGGAAUACGCACGUAAAGAGGAGCAAGCAAAAAGAUGGUUGGCAUUGGAUGAGAACUCAAGAGCUCAAAUCAAGCAAGGGGCCCUUUUAUCACUAACUGCAACAACAAAACAAGUCGGGAGGAUUGCAGGACAGGUGAUAGCAGCGAUUGCCGAGAUUGAACUUCCGAUGGGACAAUGGCCCGACCUUAUUCGCCUCUUGUUGGACAAUGUUACUGGUACCGAUAACGCGGAUCUCAAGACGUCCACCUUGGAAGCUAUUGGUUAUGUCUGUGAAGCUACGAACCCCAUUGUUCUCGCGGCUCAAUCAAAUGAAAUCUUGACUGCUGUUGUCCAAGGUGCUCGCAAGGAGGAACAAAACUCAGAAGUUAGACUCGCAGCUCUUCGUGCCUUGAUCAAUUCUCUCGAAUUUGUGAGAAGCAAUUUCGAACGUGAGGGGGAAAGGAACUUUAUCAUGCAAGUAGUCUGUGAGGCCACCCAAAGCGAAUCAGAAGAAGUUACAGAAGCAGCGUUUGAAUGCCUUGUUCGAAUCAUGCAACUCUACUACGACAAGAUGCAGUUUUACAUGGAGAAGGCGUUGUUUGGGCUCACUGUUGCUGGUAUGAAUCAUUCAGAGGAGAAGGUUGCUCUUCAGGCUAUCGAGUUCUGGUCUACAGUAUGCGAGGAAGAAAUUGGUUUAAAGGAGGCGGCACUUGAGGCUGUUGAAUUUGGUUUGACUCCCGAGCGCAACUUGUACAAUUUCGCUGAAGCUGCCAUGAACGAUGUACUUCCGGUGUUACUGUGGCUAUUGACCAAGCAAGAGGAGGAUGCCGAUGAGGAUGAGUGGAACGUAUCCAUGGCUGCUGCAACAUGCCUUACAUUAUACGCUCAGUGUGUACGCAACGCCAUCAUUGGACCCAUUGUGCCAUUUGUGGAGAGCAAUAUACAAAAUACCGAUUGGCAUUAUCGUGAAGCAGCUGUGAUGGCGUUUGGAUCGAUUCUUGAUGGCCCUGAUGUAGCAGUCAUUAUGCCGCUUGUCGACCAUGCACUACCAACACUCAUUGGCAUGAUGACCGAUCCUAUGGUACAAGUCAAGGAUACCGUUGCUUGGACGUUGGGAAGGGUCUGUGAAAUAUUGAUUGGUUGCAUCAAGCCUGAGAUACAUCUUCGUGAAUUGAUUUCGGCACUUGUACUUGGUCUGCAAGAUAAUCCUCGUAUCGUUGGAAAUUGUUGCUGGGCAUUGAUGAAUCUGGCAGAGCAAACCGGACCGGCAAUCGGCAACGAUACGCCUACGUCUCCUCUCUCCAUGUACUUUGAAGACACUACCAAGGCUCUCUUACAAUUUACGGAGCACGCGACAAAUGAAGCCAAUGGUAGAACAUCAGCCUAUGAAGCCACAUCGUCCCUCGUCAUGUUCUCAGCUAAUGAUUGUAUCUCCAUUGUUGAACAAAUUGCGCUCACUAUCCUCGAUCGAUUGGAAGCAUCCAUUGCUAUGGAGAAUGAACUUGUUGGUGCGGAUCAACGUAUAGAACACAAUGAAUUACAAUCGAAUCUUCUUGGUCUCCUUACAAAUUGCAUACGCCGUUUAUCAAAGAACAUCAUGUCGAUAUCGGAUCGCAUCAUGACAGCUCUUUUGCAACUUCUGAGCAACGCAUCGAAGCAAUCGACGACAGCUGAGGAUGCACUUUUGGCUGUGGGUGCCAUGAUCAACGCCUUGGAGAAUGACUUUGUACGAUACGCAGAACCUUUUAUGCCAACUUUAUACACAGCCCUCCAAAAUACGGCCGAAUACCAACUUUGCUCCAUUGCUGUUGGCCUUGUUGGCGACCUAUCCCGAGCACUAGGUGAAGUCAUCACGCCAUAUUGCAACACAUUUAUGCAGCUACUUGUUGCCGAUCUACAGAGCCCAACACUACAUCGCGCCGUCAAACCCAAUAUUCUAUCAUGUUUUGGCGACAUGGCUCUAGCCACCAAUGACAAGUUUGAACCCUACCUUGACGUGGUCAUGGUUGUUCUCCAACAAGCUGGCAGUAUGCGUUCUGCAAAGGACAACUAUGAAAUGAUUGAUUAUGUCAACACUUUACACGAAGGCGUGAUUGAAGCCUAUGUCGGCAUUGUUCAAGGAUUUAAUGGUACACAAAAAGUGGGAAAUCUUCUCCAAUUCAUGCCAAGCAUAUUCCAACUACUUCAUGAUGAUGCACAAGAUAUCCAUCGUUCGGAUGACCUUACGAGAGCCAUGGUUGGUUUGAUAGGCGAUCUUGCAGACACCUUUGGUCCCCAGCUGAAGCAACUGUUACAAACGGAUUGGGUUAUGCAUUUGAUUCGAGAGGCCAAGACCGAUCGCCAUUAUGGGAUAACAACCAGAGAAACCGCACGUUGGGCCAAAGAGAUGGUCAAACGAGCAAUCCAGUAG